AUGAAUGAACUCCUAACAACAACUUUAUGUAAAUUGAAAUCAAACAAAUACUCUCAAUUAAACAUUGUAAUAGGUAACGAGAGCUGCGACUUAGACUCGGCAGUGUGCUCUGUUGUCUUAGCUACCUUUCUAAACUGGUUAGAAAUUCAUAAUAAGGAGGAAAAUGACAUUGGCUGUGUCACCAUCUCUAUACUAGACGUGGCCAGAGAAGACUAUCCUUUGAAAACUGAAGUCGCAUACUGUUUGAAAGAAUGUGGAAUUACUGAAAAUAAUUUAUUGUUUAGAGAUGAUGUUAAUUUAAAAGAACUAGUAAAUAAUCAGACGAACAUAACAUUAGUCGAUCAUCAUGUAUUGGCGAAACGAUUAGAUUUCCUAACACCGUACAUUAAAGAAAUAGUCGAUCACAGACCGUUAGACAAACAGCAAUGGAACUACAACAAUGAUGUUAAGACUUUAAUCAAAAUCGUUGGAUCGUGUGCAACGCUCAUUGUGCAACGGAUUCAGAGUGUAGCUAAAGGAAUUGAGUUUUUUAAUACAUACCCUGUGUGUGCUGAUCUUCUACACAGUGUAAUUAUAUUAGAUACUGUAAACUUUUCGAAGGAAGUGAACAAAGCAACACCUCUAGACAUGGAAAUGGUUGAUUACCUAGAGAGUGUAUUGAAAUUGGAAAAUUGUGAACAGACGAGACAAUUAAAGUUGGAACAAUUACUGAAAGCGCGUAGUGACGUCACAUCGCUGACGCCAUCUCAAUUACUAAGGAAGGAUUCGAAGAUAUUGGAAGAUGUGUUCGUACCGAGCUUUCCCAUACUUGUAAAGGAAUUCCUACAAAAACCAAACGCUUUAGAAGCCGUCAGCGAAGCCCUAAAUACAAAGAACUGUACCGUAGCUGUCUUGCUUGGUAUGGAUCUCUCGGAGGGAUUGAAAAGGGACGUUGCGGUCCUUAGCCCUUCAUGCCCCGAUAAAGUAAUAAAGCUAGCAAAGUUUCUUCAAGACUGGUCUCAUCCUAAUCUGGAACUGGUCCCCGAAACGCAGAAUUGUGUUUACUUCAAACAGAACAACCUCGCGGCCUCCAGGAAGCAAUACAUGCCCGCCUUAAAUGAGUACUUAAACAAUUGUAAACAAUAAAAUUGCUAAAUUAAAUCUGGGUGUUGUAU